GAUAUCUUUUUUUCUUUUUUUUUCCAAAGGACAUUUGUUGGAUAACAUUUUAAUUGGCCGGGUGGGGUUUUCCUAAUUCCUAUAUUUGUUUUUUCAAUUCUCUAAAAGUCUUCUUUUCGGAAUUUUAAAUCUCUGAGUUCCCUAUUUAAGAAUUUUUUUCCAUUUAACUUCUGCACGUAUAUCCAUUUACGUACAAGCACUAAUCUCCCUGCAAGCUGCAAACCUGACCACCUUUCCAUAUAUAUAUAUAUAUUUAGCUUAGGGUUUCGAUUCCCAUUGCAGAAAAAACCACCUUGUUCUCCUUCACUCUCUCCACCAUUUUUCAGAAUAUGGCUGUGAAAGUAACAAAAGCUGAGAAGAAGGUUAACUAUGACAAGAAGCUAUGCAAGCUUCUUGACACAUAUCAACAGAUCCUUAUUGUGGGUGCAGAUAAUGUGGGUUCUAAUCAGCUACAGAUGAUCCGCAAGGGAUUACGUGGUGACUCUAUCGUUUUGAUGGGAAAAAAUACAAUGAUGAAGAGGUCUAUUAGGAUCCAUGCUGAGAAGACUGGCAAUAAUGCCUUCCUUGCCCUCAUCCCUUGCCUUGUGGGUAACGUGGGAUUGAUCUUCACUAGAGGAAACCUGAAAGAGGUCAGCGAUGAAGUAUCCAAGUACAAGGUUGGAGCACCUGCUCGCGUUGGCCUGGUUGCACCAAUUGAUGUGGUUGUUCCUCCUGGAAACACUGGACUUGAUCCUUCCCAAACCAGUUUCUUUCAGGUACUCAAUAUCCCAACUAAAAUCAACAAGGGCACGGUUGAGAUCACCAUCCCUGUGGAGAUUAUAAAGAAGGGGGAGAAAGUGGGCUCAUCUGAGUCUGCACUUCUGUCUAAGUUGGGUAUUAAGCCAUUCUCUUAUGGUCUCAUAGUCCAAUUUGUCUAUGACAGUGGUUCUGUUUUCAGUCCUGAGGUUCUUGACCUCACAGAAGAUGAUCUUAUUGCUAAGUUUGCUGCUGGACUUUCCAAUGUUGUUGGUCUUUCUAUGCUUCUUUCAUAUCCUACUCUUGCUGCUAUUCCUCACAUGUUCAUCAACGGGUACAAGAAUGUUCUCUCAUUUGCCAUAGCAACAGAAUACUCAUUCCCACAGGCUGAAAAAGUGAAGGAGUACCUGAAGGACCCAAGCAAGUUCGCUGCAGCUACUGCUGCUCCAGUUGCUGCUAAACCUGCUGCUAAACCUGCUACUGCCAAGGAGGAAAAGAAAGAAGAACCUGCUGAGGAGGAUGAUGAUGACUUUGUCGGCGGAUUGUUUGAUUAAGUAGUUCAAUCUAGUGAUGGCUUCAGGUCCUAUAUUAGCAAUGAUGAAUGCUAUUAUGGGUGUCUAUUAGGAUGCUUUUAAACAAUUUCCAUUUUGUUUGCUAUCAUUCAGUCGUUUCAUGCACUGAUGUAUUAGUUCUGUUGUUUCAGUGGAGUUCUAACUUUUGGAUUUGUGUUAUCCUUGGCAUUUUGUUC